UUAACCUAUACAAGUGAUGAAUGCAUUUCAGUUAAGAAAAAAAAAACAUAAGAGAAUUGUGCAGUUGACAGCAAUCUAUUUUAUUGCACAUGAACAGUCAGCAGUGUAAAAUGAGCUAAACAGUGCAAAAUAUCAGUCCAGAAUAAUUUUUUAGCAUUAGCUGGAAGCCUGCUCCUUCCACCAUGGAUAGUGGCCUCAUGUCUUUUACCAGCAUGUUUAGAAUAGAGUUUGUAAGUGGUAUGCAUUGCUGGGGGUGAGUGUCUUGUUCCCCAUGUAGUUGUCCAUCGUUGCUUGUUUUUUUCUGCAUAAGAAACACAAAUUGACUGAAAGAAGUACACAUAUAAAAUAAAGCAGCACAAACACUACAACACUAAAUCAAUAUUAUAUUAUUUGAAUUAAUUAACAAUAUACAGUGAUAAUUUAUUUUGAGGGUUACGUUCUACAAAAAAGCCCGCAACAGGAGAUAUUCAGAAAAAAAGUCAAAUUUUUUUUACUAUUAAAAAGCUCUAAGUAAGAAGCUCAUGAGGUUUUUACUUUGAGUCGGGAGUGUUUAAAUUAGCUAGAGAAAUGUGAAAAAUGUUUAUUUUGUGUAAUACUGUUUAAGAAACAUGAUAAAAGUGUGUUGUGAGGCGUUUUACAGCGUUAGAUAGUAGAAUAGCCUUUUAAUAGUAAAAACAUGACUUUCUGAAUUUCUCCUGUGUUUAAAAAUUGAAAGCGUACAACUAUGCCGCGUUACAUUCACCUGGACACAGCUCGUCUGUAUAUUUUUCACCGCGGAGUUGUCCUUUUUUGAAUGAGGAACAUAGUUAUGGGUUUGUGCCGUUUUUCUCUUAACGAGAACAUUCUCAUAAACCGACGUGCUAAAUUUGGCAAGCGCAUGAUUCACAACACGGAGGAGAUUCACGAUUGCAUCUAGUCAAUCAGAAGUAGAACACUGUAGACUGACGCGGCAAAAAAGCAUGUUUAACAUCCACUAUAACGAACUCAGCUAAAACACUAAGUCCCAAAUUUGAUCUGCGUGUAGUAUAUUUAGCUUGUUUAUUUUCUGCUCCCAUACUCGUGAGGUUUUUGUCCGGGGUUUCUCUUCUGUUUUGUCGCUUCUAUUUUUCUUCCGUAUUUCUUCUUGUUCCGCCAUCUCUCAAAGCAAGAUGAGCGUCAGUAACGUGUUACUUCACGAAAACCGAGGGCACUUAUUGGCUCGUUUCUUCUUCUACGGCUCCACUGGUAGAUCAGUGGCUCAUUACUGCCACACACUGGCGGCAAAUUUAACAGAUUGUAACCGAUGUCAGAUUGUGGUAAAAAUAGACUUUAUGCGGUAAAAUGUCAUUAUUAAACAACUAAUCAAUGACUAAAAAAGUUGUUAACUACUUUAAUAAUCGAUUAUAAUCGAUUAAAUCGAUUAGUUGUUUCAGCUCUACACACCUGUGAGGUGGGAUGGAUUAUCUCAGCAAAACACAGGUCCUCACUGUCACACAUUUAGACUGAUUUGUGAACAAUGUUUGAGAGAAAUGGUAAUAUUGUGUAUCUGGAAUGAAUUUUAGAUUUUUAAGUUCAUCUCAUGAAAAAUCGGAGCAGAAACAAAGGUGUUGCAUUUAUAUUUUUGUUGAGUGUAUUAGCAUCUUGUUUUUGCUUUCAAUUAAAUCUUGAAGUUCAUCAGACCAGUUUCAGCACAGACUGAAGUCAAAUCACAGCAGAACAACUACCUCUUGGCUCAGAUUCAGCUCAUAAUGAGAGUUUUUAAUGAGGUCAUAACAUAAUUUUUCAGAUCCAAGGUUAGCAUGGCUGCUGUGGUGUUCUUCCACCAACACCCAAAACCCACUUCUACUGGUGUUUAUGUCUCCAUGAAUCCAAAAACAGAGAGUCAACUCCCACCUGCUGGCCCAGUAAUCGGUUCCCAGUGUUCGCCAUACUGUCCAGCUCCGGCCUCAUUUGCUGCUAACGCCAGAGGAAACAGGUGCUCUGCACUCAAGUUAUGAAUUAUGGGAGUAUUUGGCAGAUCAUGGUGGGGAUGAGUUGGACCGCCACCUCUCUGCCCUAGACUCACCAGUCACAGACAUACUGUCUGAGUCAGAGGUGCCAAAUGCUUAGCCUGUGGGGGUCGAGGGGUGAAGCCGAGAGGAGCUGGACUCUGCCAGACAUGGAGGUAGGAAAAGGAGGAAAUAUGGCAUGAGAGGAGAGAAAGGGUAGAAGUGAGCAAAUAGGAGAUGGGAUGAGUAGAUAACAAAGUCAAGAGGAGCGGGAAAAGACAGGAGUCUUGUUUAGGCUCCAAAAUUUAGGGGCAAAUGUUACAUUUUAAAACUUUAAAUCAAAACAGGAAGUAAAAUUAUCUUAACAAAGAGGCAAAAGAUCCUGAAAGUGUUUAAUGUUUGACUGUGUUUGGGUAACUGCGAUUCGUGACAAUUUCAUAAUUGAACUUGUUUAAGAACUUUGUUGUCCCACCUCAGAAAUGCAUCACAAAAAGGUUAUAUCACAAUCUAGGCUGCAUAUGAGCCUUUUUAUUAUUCUAAUCAUCAAAAGCAUCAUUCACAAGAUGACCAAGAGGCUUUGGAAGAAAAAUCACUGAUUAAAUAAUUCCUCUGAUGAUUCCAGAGAUAUCAUUAGCAGUAUUUACAGUACAGAAAGCCCCGCUUCUGGUUUAGGAUUGGGUUAUGGAUGUUUGUAAGUGGAUCAGACUUGUUCUCAUUCCUUAAUUCUGCGUCGGGUUCCCUGCUGAGCCCUUUGCAGUCAUUCAGCUGUGGUGGAGAAUAUUAAACAGAGAAGUGUGUGUAGUAUUACAGUUUUAUCUUUGAACUCUUCUACAUGAUGGUUAUGUGAUGCACCAUUCUCAUAUUUAAAAAUGAUUUAAUAUAGAUUAAAUAAUUCAGAUUAGGGUCAUCUUGGAGCUGUAAACAAACGCUUCCAUACUAUAAAUGUUAUAAUAGUACUCUAUAUUUAACAGAUGAACUGCGAAGCUAAACUCAACAUUCGUGUUCCAUUUGUGUUUAAUGAGUAAUAACACAUGAAGAUGAACAUUUAAAACAGAAUAAUGCAGGUUGAUGUAUUUGCUUUCAUGCACUAAGCUUUGCAUCAUCAUCGUGGAAACAUAAUGUGUAACUCCAAGUUGCAUCAUUGAAAGCAAUACAUCCUGCAGACAACAAAAAUAAAAUGAGGGACAUGAAAAUAUUAUGGUCUGUUUCAUGUAUCAGUAGCAACAAAACAGGAAGUAUGAGAUGAGGAAAUAAAAACCUGUUUGAUUCAAAUUUUUUACUUUUACUUGGAGUGAUGGUGGUAGAGGAGGUAAGUGCCUGCCCCGUGACCGGAGGGUUGCAGGUUCUCAUCCCGAUCAGUAUUUCGCUGUCUUGUGUUCUUGAGGAAGACACUUCACCCUCCUUGCCAAAUGGUGGUAGUCGGAGGGACCAGUGGCGCCUGUGCUCGGAAGCCUCGCCUCGGUUGGUGUGUCCCAGGGCAGCUGUGGCUACAUUGUAGCUCAUCACCACUGUGAAUGAGUAAACAAUUAGGAAAGCACCUUGGGGGGUUGUAGAACUCUACAAGGUAAUACAUAAUUACAGAUAAUUUACCAUUUUACAGUAUUUAGUCAGCCUCUGAUUGUGUAAGUUCUCCCAGAGGCCUGUAAUGUAGUAAUGUAUGUAAUAUAGCUAUACCUCAACUAUGAGGGACAAAAUGAAAAACAAAUCCAGAAAAAUCGGAAAAGGGUAGAAUGCCUUUUCCAGGUCUGGGAGGAGGUCCUGUCCCAAAUGGAGGAGUUUAACUCUCCCACAUUGUUAAUGGGGUCAGAUGGAUAUCUGGUGUAUUUUUAUUUUUUAUUUCAAUAUUUUUUAAGGGGUGCAUCACUUCAUCCGUGCCACGGCAUAAACUUUAAACCCUGUUUAACCGCCCCCUGUCCUGGUGGGGUCACCUGAUAGGAAAGUGGAAGGGUUAAGUAUCUCAGGGUUUUCCAGGCACGUUCAACCGGGAGAAGGCCUAAAGGAAAACCCAUGACAUGCUGGAGGGAUUAUGUCUCUCGGCUGGUCAGGGCAUGCCUUAGGAUUCUGCCAGAGGAACUGGUCCAAGUGGCUGGGGAGAGGGAAGUCUGGGCCUCCCUGCUUAGGCUACCUUGCAACCCGACUCUGGAUAAGCAGCCGAAAAUGGAUAGAUAAAUGGAUGGAAUUCCAGAAAAAUCACAUUGUCUGAUUUUUUAAAGAAAUUAGAGAAUAAAAUAUAUCUAUUAGGCUACAAUAUUGGUGGUAACUGGUGGCCCUCCCAGUUUGGUUUAACUGAGAGACAAGCUAUGUAAGGUUGUACAUGUUUUGCAAUAAAUGAGGCAAUAAACUUUAUAAUUGCCUUUGACCUUGCAGAGUUGUGACUUAUUCACUAUUGAAACUGUCAAAAGAAAGCUUUAUGUGCAGCUUACCUCUAGUCAGGUGUACUUCUAGAUCUCUUCAACUUGAUUACUCUUUUUGUGUCAUGCUUUUAGAAAAACACAACAGAAUAUGUUAAUAAACUGAAGAGAAAACAAAGUUUUGCUACUAAAAAAACAAAUAUGAUCAAACAAGAUAAAAUGAAAUCUAGUUCACUAAAGAUGAGUUGUGGUUCUGAUAAUUUAAUCUAGUUUGUGUCUAGUGCUUGUGACUGUGACAGGAUGUGGUUCAGGCUGGACCCAUGCUGAGAGAAAAGGUCAGCCGCUUGUUCAAGCUAGCGUCGUUUUUCACAACAGCGACCGUGCACGGGGCAAAAGUCAUUGAAACUUGAGCUGUUCAGAUAAUGAACGCAUUAACUAGUCACGCAGUUCAAGGCUGUCUUGAUUUUCCAGGUACACUAAAUACAAGCAGCACUCUGUGGCCUUUUCAUUUCUGUACACAAUGACACCAAGAGGGGUGGAGGUUGGUUUCAAUCCCUGAGGAGAAAGCUAUAAAAGGAAAGAACAGAGAGAGAGAGAGAGAGUCUCAGAGGAACAGCGAGGGUACAGCUCAACCUCUAGAGAUAAGGUUUGUUCUGAGCUGAGAAAGAGUGUCCCCAGGGUCCAGGAGAUGAACUGAGACUGGACAGGAGACGGUAUCGAGCUGGACGACAGACCGACCCAUUAACUUCACCCCUGAUGUGAGAAACCUGGAGGAAUAGAGACUUGAAUCACGUUUGAGGCUCUGAGCGAUGCAGUCUCUUUUUGGUGGAGGGGAGCUGGGGCUGCUGGGGGGAGGCGGUGACGCUGGAGACCUAAAGGAGGAUGGUUGCGGCAGCAUGGCGUGGAGAGCCUCGCCCCUUCCAGCCGAUGACGUGUACUCUGCCUCACACUUUGCCCUCAUCUCCGCCUAUCAGGAAAUCAAAACGAGGCUGGGCAGCCUGGAGCGGGAGAACACCAGCAUCAAGAGGAAGCUGAAGAUCUACGAGAUCAAGUUCCCGAUGAUCAAUGAGUUCGGCGAGGACACUAACUCCUACUGCUCCUUUGAGAGUAAAGACACAGCGCUGCUGCAGUCAGAAAAUGGCAACUUGCACCAAAGAGUCAACGUCCUCACCCACGAGCUUCAGAAGAGAAAAGAAAGGGAGGAGCAGCUGGAGGAAGUGAUCCAGGCCUAUGAGAAGAUCCACAUGGAGAAAAACAACCUCCAGAGGGAUCUCGACAAGAUGACCAACCUGGUGGAGAAACACGUUGAGCGGAUCCUGGGACUAGAGUCGGCUCUGAGGCAGAGGGACGAGUCCCUGCAGAAGAUCAACAUGCAGCUGCACAGCAAAGACAUGCAGUACCUGCAGCUGCACGCAGGCCCUGACAAACACAUGCUAGACUGUCCUGCCCUGACCCUGCAGAGCUCUCGCAGCCUGGAUACCCUGUCCGACCUGAAGCUACAGCGGCUGGAGGCGGAGCUAGAAGGGGCGCGGCACGAGGCCCAGGGGGCAUGCCAGCGUGAAGAUGAGCUAAAGGCCGAGUGUGAGAGGCUGAAAGAUGAGAUAAGACAGCUGGAGAGCAACCAGAGGGAAAGGGAAAUGACUUCUCCGUGCAAGCAGUGUGAUGUGGAGUGGAUAAAGAAGGUGGGAGAUGAGCAGGUGAACUUGGCUCUGGCUUACACAGAGUUAACGGAGGAACUGGGACGCCUCCAAGCGCUGUGCUCCAAGCAGACGGAGAUCCUGAGGAAAGCCACGCAGGAGCAGGCGAGUCCAGUGCAGCUUCACUCUCCCAUCCACCACCAGCGUCACUCGCCAGUGUCCCAGCGCCACUCGCCCAUCUCUCAACGCCAUUCACCAGUCCUGCCACAGCCUCAUCACUCCCCGAUCCAACAGCGACGCUCUCCGGUCUUACAGCGCCUCUCCCCUGACAUGCACCGCCGCUCGCCCCUACUGGACGUGGGGGAUGGACCUGCUUCCUACUCCUACAGACCACCCUCUCAGCACCUGAGAGCCAGCUUCCAGGGCCGUCGUAGUUACUCAGAGGUGGCUGACCCUUCAGCUUACCAGUGCCCACCUCGCUUCUCCUUAGACCCAGUCUCUACCCUACCCAAACCCCGGCCUUACGUCGAAGGCUACCAGAAGCAGCAGCCCCAACACAUGGGCUCUCCUCACAGCGGAUUGCAGCACAGAGGAUCUCCUUCUCCUCUUCAGGGUGGGGUAGGAGGAGAUGGGAGCCUGGGGGAGAGCUCCCUACGCCACUCAAGAGAGAUGCCUUUUCCAUUGUCAGAGGUGGCGCACCUUCACUUUGAGCCACCUCCUCCUUCCACACCCGCCCCUCAGCCACCACAGUCUUCUGAAGAUGAGGAGGAGUGGACCUGUCCUCACCCCAUCAGCCCACCGAGGACGCUGGGUGUGCUCUCUCCUGGAGGGGCCAGCGGAGUCAUGAGGGGCCCGGCAUCCUGCUCGGCUUUUCCCAUCCCCCAGAGGUCCAAUAACCUGGGCUGCCACCCUCAGCCAGGGUACUUGUCAGCAGAGCAUGCUCAGUCCUGGCCUUCAAUCAAUCUCUGGAUGGAGACCGAGGACAACGACAUGAGGAGCUGCCCUCUCUGCCAGCUGAUUUUCCCCGUUGGUUAUCCUGACGAUGCCCUCAUCAAGCACAUUGACUCCCACCUGGAGAACAGCAAGAUAUGAUUGCCAUGGCAACCAACCUUGCACAAACACACACAGACACACACACACGCACACAUGCACACACACACACGCGCGCACACACAUCUGCUCCCUCUCCCUCUCCUCCUGUCGGUUAGGUAACUAUCAGUAACUACAGGUCUGUAGACAAACAGGAUGGAUCUGGAUGUGACGCAGCAGCUGGGUUUAUUGGGGACAUUCUUGACCAGUGUCCUUUGCUCUGAAGACGGAUCUGCCGGUAGGAACUCUGGCUCUGAUUGAUGCUGUUUCACUCAGAGUUCCUUUGUGUGAUCUUUUGAUUUUUUCACUUUUCAAUGUAAAACACUUUGAUUAGGCCAGCCACAAGGUGUGGGUCAAUGUGUUUUGGGGCUCAGCAUGCCUUAAAGCUAUAGCUUCAGUUUUCAUCAGGGAGAUUUGAGUCCAGUAAUUGAUCACUCUUGCUUUUUCUGCCCCACAUAUGGUGGUUUCUUUAGCAGAGAACCCAGAGCAGUAGAAGGAACAGGAGACUGCUACAAGCUGGUUUAUUAUAAUGGUCUGUCAGUUGUAUGCAGACAUAUGUUGGCAAAGGAUUUUUAAUGCAGAAUGAUUACACUUAUUGUGAUCUCAUAACACAGUGAAGGAUGUCUGCUGUUGAUCAUUGACUGACUACAAAGGCAUUCCACUUUUACCUGCUGGGAAAUAAAAGGAGAGGUUGGAUGGUAUGGACCUGGACAUGAGUCGGAUGCGGUGAGGCUCUGCAGGGCAGGGCGCUUUUCAGUUGUUUUUAAGAGGAGAGAAAGUUUUAGUCAGAACAAUACCUUUAUGCUUGCGGUCUGUUCAAAAGUAUCUUAGCACUUUAAGUUAACAUAGCCUAUAAAAUGUACUUGUUGUCAGUAUGCGAAUGCACCAGUCAGCCACAGAACAAAUAUUCAGUCUUUAUGGAGGAAAGACGUGAUGAAGCCGGACCAGAACCUUGAACUUCGCACCACCGCUGAAGGGCUUGUAGUGGUUAGUGCCAGCUAACAGCAGUACGUGAUCCCUUAUGUGAAGCUGAGCUGAAGUGUGUGAUGCAGGCGUUCACACACAGACAAGAAAUCUGGUGUUGUCCAGAUGUGUUCCAACAAUAAGAUAGUUUUAUCUGAUGAAUCACACCCUGGUUAUCUGGUGAGGAAACUGCAGCAGAGGAGGAAGAGGGAUGCUGAUGCAACCCAGUUGUUGUUGCAGAGAUUUCUGACACCUUCCCAGCAAUAUCAAAAGGCCUCCCAAGCAGGAUUGUGUGUGCUGACCUGUUGGGCGUGUUGAACGUGAAGUCCUUCUCCCAAUGUGGCUGAUUGGUGUAUAUAUCCUGUGUAUAUUUUACUAUUUGUAUUGUCUAUCUAUGAGACAAAAAAUAUUCAACAUAUGAAGAUAUAUUUUUGCAGUUUUUAAUUGUUUAUGCACCACACAUGUCAUGCAGGUGGCUAGUUUUUCUGUGCGUUUGCACACUGAUGUAAAAAGAGAAGACAAGGUCCAAAUUCCCAUCAAACCAGAAGCUUUUCUUCACAGAGACUAAAUCAUCAACCAGGAUGCUCUUUCGUCUUCCUCCUGUUAUGACGUUCAUCACAGUUUGAUGUCAGAACUGCCCAGACCAUUCAACAAAAACCACAAAACAUGAGCUGCAUGAGUUUAAAAGUCAUGUUACGAAGAUAUUGAAUUUAAAAAAAAAUCUGCUCCAAUCAGCAACAGUGUUUCUGCAGGGUUUGAUCAAUGGCCACACUCUUCUUUUGUUAUGCAGAUUUAGUUUUUUAAUUAUCUUCACACAAAAUCUCUGAAUCAAACUUGAUCUUUAUUAAACAGAAACAGAAACAAAGACCUUAUGUCAGCAAAAAUUAGGUUUUUGGUUUUCUCCUGUAGGGGACAUCCCCACGCAGCCAUCCACUUAUUCUUACAGCUCUCUGAUGAGAUGCAGAGAUGUGAGCGGGGAUUGGGACAACACAUUAAAUGUAAAAACUAGCUCACAUUUUCACUUUCCUCUAACACUUUAGGAGGUUUUUCUGAUGAGAAUUAGAUUGCAUUAAAGGACAAUUCUGGUUUUUAACAUUUCAGCGAGUAAAUGGAAGUAUGGAUGCACGUUUGAUGCUUUUUAUUUCAACAGCUGCAAUUCUUUGUUUGGCCAUAGGUUAAGUCAAGUGUUUCUGUUUAAGGUUAUAAAUUAUGACUUUCUUACCUGAACUUUCUGAACAGCCUCAGGUCAGACAGAUAGCUUACUAAAAAGUUAAAGGCUAGUCUAGAACAAAGAACAACAUUUUUUGCUGCCAUCUAAAAACACUAAAAUCUUCUGCAUUUAACAACCAUUAUGUGACACUAUUUUUAAAGUUUAGAACACUGAAAAAAACAUUUUUUAAAAUCUGUCUUCUGAUAAUAAUCAGUCACUCUGAGUUUUUCAUGCAGCUGAACAUGAAAAAAGUCUCCUACACCUAUCCCCUGCAUUAGCUUCUGAUAGAAAAUGGACGGUGAAACUAUUUGAAAAGCCUUACAGACUCACCCAUCUUGACUCAAGACGGGGAAGGCUGUUGCUGGUUUGUGUCCAGGAAACAGCAGAGAACAUCUUUGCUAGUAGAAGCUAACCAUUAGCAUUAGCAACACGACCACACCGCAUAAAAAACUGAUUUUGAAAUCUAAUUUAAAAUACGCAAAUAAAAAUUUGUUAGAAAAUAAUGCAAAUAUCUGUAGAAAUAAAAAUGUAAGCAUUUACACUCUAAAUUCAUAAAAGAUUCAUUGGAACAAGCAAACCUAUAGGAUUAGACUGAUGUUCAGAUGAGAUAGGAAGCAUCACAAUGAACCAUAAAAUGUAAUUAAAUUUAAAAAUGUUCUCCCCUUUUAACUAGAGUUUACAAAACGCUGACAAGAAGCCAGGGGUGUGUUAUGGGGGGCGGGGGGUGGGCACAGGCCUCCCCUACAAAAAAGCUGGCCACCACAGAUACCACCCCAAAAUCAGGGAGCAAAAAAUCUAAAACGUUAUACAUCAAUAAAAACAUCCAAUCUAAAACAUAUAAACAAUAAAAUAACAAAUGUUAAAUGACAUUUAGAAGUUUAUUAUUUUUUUAUGUUUUAGGAUUUUAAGCAUCCAAACCAACAAACCAGGCCAGAUGUUUCUUUUCUUGUUGACGUUAUCUAAUUGAUAUUUUUCUCUUUUUUCAUUGAUAUUAGGUUUUAAAGCUAACCUAUUGAUGUUGUUAGUUGAAAAACAUUUAAAUUAUUACAAAUGAACAAAAAGUUAAAAUGCACUAAAAUGUUAAAAUGACAUCUACUUAAUCCAAAGUGCACCUUUCUCUUUUCUAAAAUAAUCCUGACUUUACAAUGUCAGAGAAAGUCCCAAUUUUAUUAUAAUAAAUGUAUGCAUUUAUCCAUGGGGAAAAUGUCAUGGAUAAUUACUGAUAAAAAUGCACCAUUGGCAUUGUGAUAAUACUUUUGGGGGGGGGGUGGUGGUGGUGGGGGGGGGGUUAUAGUAAGUAGCAAAUUAGAUUAUGAUUUAUGUUUUGUAAUGAAAAAUAAUUGGAAGUUAUGAGCUGUUUACACGUGCCACCCUUGUCCAGAUUUGUGCCCCUACUUGGCCACGCCCAAAAAAUAUUCUCAACACACCAAUGCAAGAAGCUGACUAAACUUUACAAAAUCCUUUGAAUUAAAAGAAGAGCUACACUUUUAGGUACUCAGGUCUCUGUGAGAAUGUCUGGGAGUUUUAGACAAAAGUAGGAAAAUAAGUUCCUCCUCACAUCAAAACUCAUCUCAAAACCUGAACUAGGAAAGCGCUGUAGAUCCAGUGGUGAUGGGUUUGGGGUUAGGGGAUUUCUAACCUUCCAGCUAAGAGCUGAGAUUAUUUUUGAUGAAGUCUUCUUUAUCACGUCUGAGCAUUUUCAGCAUCAUUCUUACAGCAGUUAGACUGUUUCUGACAUGUUGGUUAAAUGAAGCUAUGCUGAAGCUAAAUUGUACUUUUAUUUUCACCAUCAGCAAAUGAAAUAGCUGACAGACUCCAUUAAAAAUUACUUUGAACUGAGAUUUAGGGGGAAAACAGGUCAAAUUUAAGUUACAGGUGUAAAACCUGGUCAUAUCAGAACUACUGAAAUCACCUAGAAAUGUUCACCACAAACACAAUUAUGAAUGAAAGAAGUAGCAUUUUCUUUUAUGAAAUGCAAACUUUUAUUCAAACUGAUGCAGAUUUCAGCUAAAAAAACAAAACAUAUUUGAACUUAUAGAAACAGUUUAGUUUUCUCAUUGGAUAAGCAUAAUAAAUUCAGCUAAAACUACAAAGUUUCAGUUUUCGAUGGUCGUACUCACUUUCAAACUGAAGACGAGCUGUAGAAAUCAGCUCACUGCUUGUGAAACCAGCUCUAACGUAAAGAGGAUUCACACAUUCAACUGCAGUAAAAUAAAAUCUGUUUUUUGACACUUUUGGUUAACAGCUUGCUAAACAGAUUAAAGAAAUGUGUUCACUCUGUAGUCAUUUACUGAUCCGAAUUGUCCCUUAAAGACUGAAGAGCUACAGAAAAGAACUCAGUUUUUGUUCAUAUCGGCGUGAAAAUCCUUCCUCUCUUGUAAGAUUUGAGUUAAUCCUGAUAAACCACAUUACUGUAAGUAUUUUACACCCAAUAAACUAUUUAGGUUUCACAAAAUUAUAUAUUUUGCUAAUUUGGUGUUAAAAGUGAAUUCUGUCUUUCCUUCUUGUUUUUGGAGAGGGUGCGUUGUGAGGAAAGUAAUGCUCAUCACCUCCAUUAACCAGUUUCCUGGGGGAAACCCUGAGAACUACUCAGAAUUUCACAAGAAAGAGCAAGACUUUCAAAGAAAUCUGAAAAGGAUCCUGCUCAGUUCUGCUGUUAUUACUUCUGCUGUCCUCAUUACCUCAUUUUAGUUCUUUAACAAACCAGAACUGUCCUUUAAAAGCUGAGGCCACGGCCCCUGCUCCGUGUACAUUAUGUUCAUUUUGAUGUGUACAAAUAUUUAAAGUUUUGUACAGACAUUUUUUGCAAGUGUUUAAUGCUGAUGCAACAUGUACUUUAAUAUUCCACAACUUCAAAUUGGAGUGUUUGUAAAUUGAUAAACACAUUUGUACAAACACACUGAAUAUAAAUAAAUGUGAGUGAUACACAAGUACUUCACACUUUUCCACUUGAACUCACAUGUAGUAACGUGUCUUCUAGUGGGUUUAUAUGCAGUCACAGCCUGGUGAUGGCAUGUAUGUUUGUCUGCAGGUUUUGGUGACUGUAAAGACAUUUAUUUAGAUUUUUAUUGAUUCAGGACAACUUAUUGUGCAGAGUUGUCUGUUGUAUGUGUAGGAUGGUUCAGAACUGCUGAAGUGGCUUUCUGUGGAAAUGUAAGAAAUUAUAUGAUCUUAUGAGGUGUGAAUUUCUAUUUGGAUAAAUUCUGUUUUCAAAAAAGAUCAAUUAAAAAACAGAAAGCCCAGUGGCUGACCUGACCUGAUCUGACCUCAACAGAUAACAAACUUGAUUUCUGCAAUUUUGAAAACUCCAAUCUUAACUCAUUUACUGCCAUUGACGACUAAAGUCAUCAAAUGUAUUUUUUUAUGGGGCGGGCGUCGGAACGAGCUCCCGCACCGUGAGAAUAAACAUCACGUCUCUAUAGCUGAUCUUCAUCAGCAUAUGUCACACGUCACGUGAUCAGGAAGCAGAAAAUCCAUGAAUUAGGAUAUCGUUUUGGGUCGCUGCUGUGAAAAAGCGAGGUGUGAACCGGAAAAGCUUCUGCAGCUCACAAUUCGACAACAGAUUAUGAAAGAACGGAUAACGCUAGAAACACAAUCAGAACUGUUCAUAAGAAAAGUAUUUUGUGACCCAUUUGUUUAGCAUCACCCUGACACAUCAUUUGGUGGUUAUUUGCAAUCAAAAAUAGUCAAUGCAGCUAGUGAGUUAGCACUUUUAGUGCUGUGUGAGACUCUUCAGGCAGGAUCAUCUCAUGUCAGAGUUGCACAAGUCAUGUAUCUCUAUGUUUUCAAACUGAUGCUAUUAGCCGGGGUGUCUAGAACAAAUAAAAUAUUUAAGCUUAUCCACAGAAAACCAUUUCGACGGUUCAGAACCAUCCUUUAAACAUCAGGAAAGUUGAAUCACAACAAUUUACUUUACAAAUGAAAACAUGAAAUGCUUUGUCUCGAAGACUGAUGCUGUUCUUCAGAAAAUGAAAGGAAGUGCUGCUGUUCACGAUUCUACAAACAAAAUGUGUUUCUUCUUCCAAUCAGAGGACCUGUGUCUGCUCUUAACCAAAGACAAACUAAUAGUUCCUGUAUUUUGAACAACGACACAAUUUAUGAUGUGAAUAUGUUUUUGUGGUUAAUGAUACCGAGAGGUUCUCCACCACAGCGGGCUGGCCAGCAGCUGCAACACAGGAUGAUCACACCCUGCACAUGAUGUGAUGCACACAGAUGUUCAUACUGCAAUGCAUCCUCUCAAAAGCUGCACUGAGACCAGGUGAAAAUGGUUUAGAACGAUUGUUCCGUUUUUGGGUCCAGUUGCAGACCAGAACCUCCAGUUCUGUAUCUCUUAUUUCUACGUCUAAAUGACAAACUGGCUUCAUGGUUUACUUGUGAUCAGAAAGAAACACAACAGCUUUUAAUCUUUCAUAAAAUUUCACUCAAAAUUCCUCUCAGGAGAUAAAGUUCAAUGAAAAACUCACGUAAAAUAAAAAAGUCUGGUGUUUUAUUCUUUGUAUAGCUCCACUCACCUUUAAGUAACUGUGUGAGUCAGGCUGUUUUUGAUUAUUCCAGGGUAACCUCAAGCGCACACCGAGACCUCAGCACUAAUGAACUCUCCACAACAUUAAUGAGGAAUAAUGUCUGUGUGUAAAACUAAUGUGUGGUAGAAAAACCCUGCUGGCAUUCAAGGACUCUGAGCGUGAUGAACAACGAGAAGUCCACCACAGAGUUCCAUCCAAUGUCUCUUUUUCUUUCUGUAAAUAUUCUAAUGAAUAAACUUGCACUGAAACAUC